AUGAGUGGCUUUCAUCGUCUAGACAAUAAUCAUAACCAAUAUGGGGAUGAAGACGAUAUUUCGUUAAAUGACUAUUUAAACCAUCAACAAUCAGGAGUGUAUAAUUAUAACCCAGCGGCAGAUCAACGAAACAGAAUGGCUAGUGAUAAUUCAAUUAAUUUCCAACAGCCACAGCCAGUGUAUAAUAACCAAAACGGAGACAGCUAUGAAGAAUUCGAUAGCUAUUAUCAUGAUGAAGAGAUUGAACCAUCGAACAUCUUCACUACAUCUAAUGCUCCAAGGCCACCUAAUUUAGCACCAUUGCCCCAAAGUGAAGAUCCAUUCGAUACUAGGCCGUAUAAUGAUAAUUCAGAUAUGGAUAAUUAUGAGUUGAAUCAGUUUCAUGAUUUUGGAUAUACUGGAGAGAACUACGACCAUGCGUUUGUGCCUAAUGUGUAUGAUGAUGAGGAAGAAAGAGAUUUCGAUCAAAGGAUUCAGUACAACCAGUUUGAAGGUGAUUCGUACGAUUUGAAUACAGUGCAAGUGGUGAAUCCUAUGGUACCAGAAGAUGAACUAGUUGACAUACCUCAAUCUCCUUUUGGCGACGAAGGAGACGAAUUUGUGCGGCCUCCAGAAGAAGGCGAGGAAGAGGUCAGGUCCAAGCCUCAAAUAGGUAUUGCAUCGGGGUUAAACGGACAUUUGGUUUUGGAUUGUCCAGUAGCCACUGAGUUGUUAAGAAAGUUUCCUGACUACAGGCAAACCGAGAAGGAUAACGGGUUAUCAAGAGAAUUUGCAUACAUGAGAUACACAGCCGUUACAUGUGGACCAUCUAAUUUUUAUAGAGAUGGCUAUAUUUUGAGACCAGUGCAUUACCCAAUGCCCCGUCAAACAGAAUUAAUGAUAGUUGUCACUAUGUAUAAUGAAGAUGACAUUCUUUUGGCAAAAACAUUGAAGGGGGUAUUUAAGAAUAUAAAACAUUUGGAAUCUAGAACAAGGUCUCCUGUCUGGGGGAAAAAUUCUUGGAAAAAAGUAGUUGUAUGUAUUGUAAGUGAUGGUCGUUCCAAGAUUAAUGAAAGAGCACAAGCAUUAUUAGCAGGUUUAGGGGUCUAUCAAGAUGGAUUGGCUAAGAGUAGAGUUGACGACAAGAAAGUCCAAGCACAUAUUUAUGAGUAUACCACUAGAGUCGGUAUUUCUAGUGUUGAUGAUACAGUUAAGCUCACCACCGAAAAGAUUGUUCCAGUACAAUUACUAUUCUGUUUGAAAGAAACAAAUGCUAAAAAAAUUAAUUCACACAGAUGGUGUUUUCAGGCAUUGGGUCAAGUUUUAGAUCCAAGAGUGGUAAUUUUGUUGGAUGCUGGUACUCAACCUUCAGGCAAAUCCUUGUACCACUUGUGGAAAGAGUUCGACAAAAACCCUCAGGUAGCAGGUGCAUGUGGUGAAAUAAAAGCUGCUUUACAAAAGAGACAGUUAGUUACAAAUCCUUUAGUAUAUGGUCAGAAUUUCGAAUAUAAGAUUUCGAAUAUUUUGGAUAAGCCAACCGAAUCGGUAUUCGGAUUCAUUUCGGUUUUGCCAGGUGCAUUUUCAGCUUAUAGAUAUGUUGCGCUUCAAAAUGACAUCAAUGGUAAGGGUCCUUUAGAGAAAUACUUUAAGGGUGAGUUUUUACAUGGAAGUGGGGAACUUGAUCCAAAUGAUGAUGAAUACGAAUUAAAGAAGACUGAAUUGAAAGAGGAAGCUGGAAUAUUUACUUCAAAUAUGUAUUUGGCUGAAGACAGAAUUUUAUGUUACGAAUUGGUUGCAAAAAAGGGUUGUUCUUGGUUAUUAAGAUACUGUAGAACCGCAUCUGCUGAAACUGAUGUUCCUCAAGGACUAGCCGAGUUUAUAUUACAGAGAAGAAGAUGGUUGAAUGGUUCAUUUUUUGCAGCUAUUUAUGCAUUAGCACAUUUCCCUAAACUUUGGGGAUCGUCUCAUUCAAUUGGUAGGAAACUUUGCCUUCACAUUGAAUUCAUGUACCAGUUUUUAAAUUUGAUUGUGUCUUGGUUUUCGAUUGGUUCGUAUUUUUUGGUUUUCAGAAUAUUGACAACUUCAUUAGCUGAUUCGAGCUUAAAUUUUGCUCCAGGAAAUGUGUUAUCAGUGGUAUUUUUAUGGCUUUAUCUAGCAUCAAUCGUCACUACAUUCGUUUUAAGUUUUGGUAAUAAACCUAAAGGAACUGAAAAAUUCUACAUAGUCAUUGUGGUUUUCUUUGCAAUAUUGAUGGCAUAUAUGAUUUUUGCGGCCAUAUUCAUGGCCGUUAAUUCGAUUCAGCUGAUCUACAACGAUGAAACCAAAAUUACGGUAUCGCUUUUUUUUAAGAAUGAACAAUUCAGAGAUUUAGUGGUUGCAACAGCUUCCACCUAUGCAUUGUACUUUAUUGCAUCGUUUAUUUACUUUGAACCUUGGCAUAUGUUUACGUCAUUCGUCCAAUACAUCUUACUUUCCCCAUCAUAUAUUAAUGUCUUGAACAUCUAUGCUUUUUGUAAUAUAGAUGAUAUUUCGUGGGGUACAAAGGGUGAUACAGGAGCCAAAGAUUUGGGUGCCGCGAAGGUUAGAGAAGAUGGUACUUUCGAUGUUAAUAUUCCAAUAUUGAAAGAAGAAAUCAACCAAUCUUAUUUGAAUCAAUUAGAAAAGAUUAAAAAGCCAAUGGAAGAAAGCAAUUCAAAACCAGAAACAAGUAAUGAAGAUUAUUAUGCAUUUAUUAGAUCAAUGACUGUUUUAAUUUGGAUGUUUUCCAACUUUAUUAUUAUUGCAGUAGUUCUUGAGACUGGUGGAUUUAGUCAAUUCUCUGACGACGACACAGGAACUGAUAACACAAGGUCACAAAUUUUCUUGACUGUUAUAUUAUGGUUAGUCGCAUUUAUGGCAUUAUUUAGGUUCAUUGGUUGUAUAAUAUAUUUGAUACAAAGGGUUAUUUUGAGAUUCAAACAUUCUCCGUCAAAGAAGGCAUAG